CGUGUUUCACGCGAGGCGUAGCUAUCGACGAGCUAACAGACACCUUUUGCGAGCGUAAAUAACAUUUUAUAACAGCGCACAAGGUCGACGAGCCGGUGGAAAACGUUAAAGCUUAACGUUACGUUACAAAUAUCGCGGAGAGGAUUCACUUCAUUCCGUCAAGAUGCGAGGGGGUUCUUCCUACGGCGACCGCGGACGAGACAGGCCACGGUUUGGGGCCACGAACAGUCGCGGUGGACCGCCGCCAAUGAAGUUUGGGAAUCCAGGCGACCGUCUACGCAAGAAGAAAUGGAACAUGGACGAGCUUCCGAAAUUUGAGAAGAACUUCUACGUUGAACACCCUGAGGUGCAACGCAUGAGUCAGCUUGACAUGGAAGAGUUCUGCAGAAAGAAGGAGAUCACCAUCAGAGGCACUGGCUGUCCAAGGGCGAUCCCUGCCUUUCACCAGGCGCAGUUUCCCCAGCAUGUGAUGGAUGUGCUGUCACAGCAGAACUUCAAGGAGCCGACAGCGAUCCAGUGUCAAGGCUUCCCUGUGGCCCUGAGUGGGAGGGACAUGGUGGGGAUCGCACAGACUGGCUCCGGAAAGACGCUGUCUUAUCUUCUUCCUUCUAUUGUACACAUCAACCACCAGCCCUACCUGGAGAGGGGAGAUGGCCCAAUUUGUCUGGUGUUGGCCCCGACGAGAGAGCUGGCCCAGCAGGUCCAACAGGUCGCAUAUGAAUAUGGCAGAGCUUCCCGUAUCAAAACCACCUGUGUCUACGGCGGAGCACCCAAAGGACCACAGAUCCGAGACCUCGAGAGGGGUGUUGAGAUAUGUAUCGCCACACCUGGUCGCCUCAUCGACUUCCUGGAGAGUGGCAAAACGAACCUGCGGCGCUGCACCUACCUGGUGCUGGAUGAGGCGGACCGCAUGCUGGACAUGGGCUUUGAGCCCCAGAUUCGCAAGAUUGUCGAACAAAUCAGACCUGAUAGACAGACUCUGAUGUGGAGCGCGACCUGGCCGAAGGAUGUUCGGCAGCUCGCGGAGGACUUCCUGAGGGACCACAUCCAGAUUAACAUCGGCGCUCUGGAGCUCAGCGCCAACCACAACAUCCUGCAGAUAGUCGACGUCUGCAAUGAGAAUGAAAAGGACCACAAACUGUUUCAGCUGAUGGAGGAGAUCAUGGCCGAGAAAGAGAACAAAACCAUCGUCUUUGUGGAGACGAAGAAGCGCUGUGAUGAUCUCACCAGGAGGAUGAGGCGGCAAGGCUGGCCAGCCAUGUGUAUCCAUGGAGACAAGAGCCAGCCAGAAAGAGAUUGGGUACUCAUUGAAUUUCGGAGUGGUAAAGCUCCCAUCCUGGUUGCUACCGACGUGGCCUCCCGUGGUCUGGAUGUGGAAGACAUCAAGUUCGUCAUCAACUAUGACUAUCCCAAUUCCUCCGAGGACUACGUCCACCGCAUCGGACGUACGGCGCGCAGCUCCAACAAGGGGACGGCCUACACCUUCUUCACCCCGGGGAACCUGCGGCAGGCGCGAGACCUGGUCCGGGUUCUGGCGGAGGCCCGGCAGGCCAUCAACCCCAAACUGCUCCAGUUCGUGGAGUCGGGGCGCGGCGGCGGAGGCGGCGGUGGCAGGAUGCGUUACCGUGCCAGCAGCAGCUCCACCAACUCCAACCAGUUCCAGAGGCCAAGUGAUCGCAGCAUGGGCGGCGGCAGUAGCGGCGGCGGCGGAAGCAGCGGCGGCGGCAGCAGCAGCAGCAAGGACGGCCGCAGUAGCUUCGGCCGCGACAGCCACAGCAGCCACGCCACUUCCUCUUUCAGGGACAGAGGCCGAGAUCAAAGGAGCGGCGGCGGCGGCUCGGAUCAGUACCAGAGUUACGGCUCCGGCGCGGCCGGGGGCGGAACCGGCUUCAACUCCCGCAACGGAGGUCCGGAUAAGCCCAGCCAGCCGCAGAGCCAGUUCAGCCAGCCGCUCGCCCCGCCUUCAUUGGCCGGGGGGCUGCCGUCUCUGAUGACCCAUCAGUUCGCAGCGCAGCAGCAAGCGCUCCUGGGCUUCGGGCCGCAAGCGCCGUACCCGUUUGUUGCCCCGCCCCCUCCCCCUCCGGGCGCUCAACUUCCCAGGAAGUAGAAUUAUGAAGCAGGAAGCACAGAGUUCACUUGCGUUACUUAAAUGUGUUCAACGUGUAAUUUUUCUUUUUACUCUCCCAACUUUUUUCAUCUCCAAGAGGGAGAUUUAAAAAUGAAAAAAAAAAAGCAUAUAGCUAAGGAGGUAAGGGCUUAUAUCUUUCAUUAGUGUUGUACUUUUUUUGGAUACAACUAAACUUAAAACUUUUACCGUUCUUAUUUCCCAACGUCAACUCGACCACACGGAACACGUUCCUCGUUUUCAUUUCAUGCGAACGCCGCAGCGGGGGAACGUCGUCCGUCUACGUCCCUCCGCCGUGUUUGAUGACGCGCUGGUCUACGGGAAUGUUUGGUUUUAUAGUUUACGCCGUCUCCGUCCAGUCGUGUCUUUCUCUCUGGUUUUUAUUAGUUAGAUUAUUUUUUUAUCCUUUUUUUUGUUUUUCCGGUUUUGACGAGCAUUACAUUCUAAUUAUCGCGUUGAUUUUGUGCGUUUGUGUUUUUCCAAACACUGAAGCGAUGCAUCCGAGUUGUGAAUCUUAUUCCAUUCUGUUGAUACCAUGCAACCACAAUUAUUGUCUCUCUUUACUCGUUUCCAUCCUCAAGCGACAAACGACUCGUUUCUAUUUUCUGCUCAUCAGCUCAUGCAGACCUAUUUUCGUACGGAUUGUGGAUUAAAUUUUCGUUUUUUGCUUUGUUUCAUCCUUCUUGUAUUUUUCUUCAUAAAUAAAGAAUCAAAACCGUA